AUGUCUUCCACAGUUCUCGGCGAGAGGGACAUUAAUGCGCCCAUGGAGGUGCAGCCUACUGUUGCUGGCAAGGACGUGAAGAACAUGGAGUAUCAUCGCCAAAUGUUCCAGUCAAAGAUGGCAGAGCCGUCGCAGCAAUACGUAUCCCCUUCCGACAACAUUAUGAGCCCUUGCUCUUCCAAGAUCAACGCACUACGCAACAAGCACAUCGCCAAAGCCAAACCCCGUUCCCUUUUCGCACAAGCAAGCAAGAAGAGGCUACAAAGCGACGGCAGCGCCCUCGGUGCACCUCCGUCUAAGCCAUGA